GGGCAAUGAGACUCAUCAUUCAUAGCACAACCAAAACUUCAGCAUGGCUUUGUUAUAUUAUGGUUUCCUCGUUGUGCUUUUUCUCUAUUCUCUUAAGGUCUUGUUCCGAUCACGGAAAUUCAGAAACCUUCCCCCAGGGCCUCUGGCUUACCCUAUAGUAGGAAACCUUUUGCAACUUGAACAACCUUUUCACCGUUUUUUCACUCGCUUGUCAAAAAAACAUGGCAAAAUCUUCUCUCUCUGGUUCGGCAACCGUCUCGUUAUCGUUGCUUCUGACCUACCCGUGGUGCAGGAAUGCUUCUCCAAAUACGACACCGUGUUGGCCAACCGACCCCACUUUCUCCUCGGCAAACACAUCAGUUACAACAACAGCACCAUCCUUCACUCCUGUUACGGUGAACAUUGGCGCCAUCUCCGCCGCAUCUUGUCCCUCGAGGUUGUCUCAACGCACCGUUUGAAUGCCUCCUACGAAAUCCGAAGGGACGAGCUCACCAAACUCUUGCAGAGACUCGCUCGCACCUCGCGCAACGACUUCACUCAAGUGGAUCUCAAAAGCAUGGUUAUGGAAACGUCGCUCAAUACUAUGAUGAGGCUGGUGUCCGGGAAGAGAUUCUACGGUGAUGACUGUGAUGUGAGUGAUGUGGAGAAGGCGAGAGAAUUCAGAGGUAUCCUGAGAGAGAUGGUGUCAUUGGCAGGAGUAAACAACCGUGGAGACUUCUUGCCUUUCAUGAGGUGGUUUGAUUUGGAUAAUUUGGAGAAGAGGCUCAAGAACAUUGGGAAGAGAAUCGAUACAUUCUUGCAAUCUAUCGUUGAUGAACUUCGUGCUUCAAAUAAGACUACCAAUACUAUGAUAUCUCAGCUCUUGGUUCAACAAAAAUCACAACCCGAACAGUACAGCGAUCAAAUCAUCAAGGGACUUUGCAUGAGCAUGUUACUUGCAGGAACAGACACAUCAGCUUUGACUUUGGAAUGGGCAAUGGCUAAUCUAUUGAACCAUCCAGAAGUUUUAAAGAGGGCUAAAGAAGAGUUAGACGCUCAUGUGGGAUCAGAUCGUCUGGUGGAUGAAUCAGACAUGUCAAAACUUCCUUACAUUCUUAACAUAUUUUUCGAGACAAUAAGAUUGCAUCCUGCUGCUCCACUUUGGUCUCCACAUAUGUCUUCUGAAGAUUGCACCAUCGGAGGAUAUAAUCUCCCGAAAAACACGAUUCUGUUGGUGAAUGCUUGGUCGAUUCAUCACGAUCCAACUUUGUGGAAGAACCCAACAGAAUUUAGGCCCGAAAGGUUCGAGAAGGAAUGUGAAUCAAGCAGUUUGCUUUCAUUUGGAAUAGGGAGGAGGUCUUGCCCUGGAAACAUGUUGGCUCAACGCACUGUGGGUUUAGCUUUGGCUUCAUUGAUUCAGUGUUUUGAGUGGCAACGAAUUGGUAAGGGAGAAAUUGAUAUGACCGAAGCAAAGGGAAUCACUAUAUCAAGGCAAAAUCCAUUGGAUGUUAUGUGCAAAGCUCGUCAAAUCCCAGCUGUUAUGGAUCUAUAUUGAUUUCUUGUGUCUAAUGAUUUUCUAGCAGAAUAAAUAUGGGGUUAGCAUGUAACCUGCAGAAAUAAGAUUGACAGAAUAAUGUAUUGUGUCAAGAAGAAACAUGCCUUUAUCAUGUGAUGUGGUGAAAAUAGACAUAUUUGUGUUCAUUAUACAUGAUAAGGUUUGUAAUCAAUUUUUAUUAUAUAGUUUAUUUAAUGAGUGUUUUGAUAAA